CCGCUCUCAUAAAUAUCAGCCCGCCGGACUCCAGCUCAGCUGUCUUCAGACUGCGUCGGGACAGUCUGGACAGAGCAUCUCUGGUAUCUGCUCCAUCCAUCUCCCUGCCUCUACCCAGCCUCUCUUACGUCAGCGUCUCCGUCUCCUCCGAGCUCAGACCAGACCAUCUCCCCUCCUCUGAAUUCCUCCCUCCUUUCCAGUGGUCUGUGACCACUCGGAUUACGGCGCCGGGGUUUUUCUAUCUCAUCAAUCUGUUCCUGUCACUCCGGGAGCGCAGCGGCUGAAGCAGAGACUGCCUUAGGGCACUGGCCCUGCUGGAGGACGCCCCUCUGCAGCAUCCACUUGCGGUGGUCGGGGGCGUGGCCGGCACAGCCCCCCUCCCCCUCUGCUCACUGCGGAGAGCUGCUGCGGGCUGCAGGAGCUGCUCACUUCCUAUUCAGCGUUCGGCCGGGAGGGAGCUCAGCCACGUAGGCAUUCUCCGCUCUCUGGAGGAAGCCCAGCAGCUGUCGGAGGAGGAGACCCACCAGCUGUCAGCCAAGGGACAUGUCGCAGCUAAGUAAGAACCUGGGUGACUCCAGCCCUCCCGCAGAGGCCCCCAAGCCGCCUGUCUAUAGCCGCCCCACGGUUCUGAUGCGUGCCCCGCCUGCCUCCUCUCGGGCUCCUCCGGUCCCUUGGGAUCCUCCUCCAAUGGACUUGCAGGCGGCAUCCCUGGCCGCUUGGCAGGCACCCCAGCCUGCCUGGGAGCCUCCACAGGGCCAGCUGCCAGCCCCGGUGGCUUCACUGGUCCAGCCUCCUGCCCUAGGGGGUCUGGUCCAGGCUCCUCCGCUGGGGGGUCCCAUGGGCAAGCCUCCGACGCCUGGAGUCCUGAUGGUUCAACCUCCGCCUCCUCCAGGAGCCCCGAUGCCCCAGCCUCCCGCCCCGGGAGUUCUGAUGGUGCAUCCCUCUGCUACUGGAGCCCCUGUAGCCCACCCUCCUCCUCCGGGGAACCCAAUGUCCCACCCUCCUCCUCCUGGGGCCCCGAUGGCUCAUGCUCCCCCUCCUGGGACCCCGAUGGCCCACCCUCCUCCUCCGGGGACCCCGAUGGCCCAUGCUCCUCCUCCGGGGACUCCGAUGGUGCCUCCACCGCCGCCGGGGACCCCGAUGGCACACCCUCCUCCACCGGGGACCCCGAUGGCGCAUCCUCCACCGCCGGGAACACCGAUGGCGCAGCCUCCAGCUCCAGGAGUCCUGAUGGCCCAGCCCUUGACGCCAGGAGUCCUGAUGGUCCAGCCACCUGCUCCGGGAGCUCCAAUGGCCCAGCCUCUACCUCCAGCUGCCUUGAUGUCACAGCCUCCACCUUCUGCAGCACCGAUGGCGAAGCCUCCCGGUCCUGGUGUCCUGAUGAUCCAUCCUUCGGGUGCAGGAGCGCCAAUCACCCAGCCUCCAGUCUCAGGAGCACCGAUGGCUCAAACUGUGCCACCUCCCACUCAACCAAUGGCAUCAUGGGCCCCUCAGGGUCAGCCUCUGAUCCUGCAAAUACAGUCUCAGGUCAUAAGGGCACCUCCACCGGUUCCCCAAGGGCCACCGACCCCGCAGGUGCAGCUGGCCACAACCCCAGGCUGGCAAGCAACUGCACCAGGAUGGCAGGGGCCUCCUCAAGGCUGGCAGGCCACGCCCUUGACCUGGCAGGCCACACAGGUCACUUGGCAGGCCCCCACCAUAGCCUGGCAGGCACCACCACCCAUCCGGCAGGGGCCCCCACCCAUCCGCCCGGGCCCACCACCCAUCCGUCCUGGUCCCCCUCCAGUGGGACGUCAAACCCCACCUGUGAUACGCCAGGCAGCACCUGUAAUCCGCCAGGCAGCACCUCUGAUUCGUCAGGCACCACCGCUGAUCCGCCAGGCACCCCCACCCAUUCGGUCUGCACCACAGGUCCUGGCUACCCAACCACAGCUCUGGCAAGCCCUGCCACCCCCACCGCCACUGCGGCAGGCCCCGCAGGCUCGGUUGCUGGCCCCUCAGGUGCAGGGGGCACCACUGGUGCCUACAGCACCAAUGCUUACUCCGGUACCUGCAGGCCCAGGUGCUGGCCCACAGGUGCCCCAGCCAGUGCUGCCGACACCGCUGUCUGUUCCACUGCCUGCUCCACUGCCUGCACCACAGACUGCUCCACAGGCUGCACCACAGGCUUCCCAGCAGGCUGUGCAGUGCCCAUCCAUCAUCUGGCAGGCCCCAAAAGGCCAAUCCCCAGUGCAACAUGAGCUGCCGACGUCGAUGGAGUUUCAGGAGGUGCAGCAGGCCCAGGAAAUGGCCUGGCAGGCACCAAAGGUACCCACUCACUUCUGGCAGCCCCUACCUGCUCAGGAGGGCCAGGAGCAGCCCCCCAGCAUUGUCCAGCUGGAGCAGCAGCCCUUUCGGGGGGCCUUGGCCUCCCAAAAAGGCCUGCAAACUCAGCUACCCACCCACGAGGCCCAGCCCACGGGCCCGCAGGCAGAAAUGCCGGCAAUGCAACUCCAAUCAUCCUGGCAAGGGCCACCUACCAUGUUGCAGGCGCCGCCAGGAGCCCCAGUAGCAGGGGAAAAUUUUCCCAGGGGCCAGGCUAAAUCACUCUUGACUCCAUCAGGAGAAUGCAGGGCCUCUUCUUCAGAACCUAAGGGUUCUUCUAAAGAACGCAGGACCUCUUCAAAGGAGAAAAAGGGCCCUCCAAAGGACCGUAUGAUUUUUACUGGCACCUUCUGUGCUCCAAGGGCAAUGUCAGCCUCCAGAGCACACCUGCCAAAUGCCUGGAAAAACUUGCCUACCACAUCAGGCGCCUUCUAUGCCACCUCAAGGGUGUUUCCAUCUACCUCCCACUUUCAGCCUGCCUUUAAAGGCCCAUCUGCCACCACAGCGAGCCCAAAGUCACGGCCACUUGCUCUGCAGGAUCCAUAUCCCUGCAUAGAAGCCCUGCCUGCAGCUCCGUGGAUGCUACAGCCUAAUGGGGAUGUCUCAAAGUCAUCUAAGGCUGCCUCCAGCAUCCCGAUGGCUACAGAAGCUGUCCCCCAGGCAAGUGCCACAGAGGCUUCUAAGACUGUUGACCCACCGCGUCGCUCGGGCAAAGUUACCCGGAAGAAGAAGCACCUGGAGCCCAAAGAAGACAACAGGGGGCCUAGAGUGGCCUCACGAGAGUGGCAGGGCUCGUGGUCUUGGGAAAAUUCUAGCCCGAGUGAUUGGGAGUUCCAGAGUUCUGUCCAGGUUCUGGGAGACUGGGAGGGCCCGAGCACUUCCUAUGGCCUGAAUGGUUGGGAGGGUACUGAUAUCUCCAGGGUCCUGAGUGGCUGGGAAGAGCCUAGCACCUCUUGGGCACUGAGUCCCUGGGAGGGCCCGAGCACCUCUAAGGGUCUGGGUCACUGUGAAGGCUCAGGAAGCCCUCAGCCCUUCACUGUUUCUGAGGUGCCAUGUCUGUCUCACAGACACUGGGCCAGCCAGGAGGAUCCCAUGGAGGAGACUCAGCAGCUGUCUCCUUUAGAAGAGAGAGCAAAUGCACUGGUGCAGUUUCUCUUGGUCAGGGACCGAGCCAAGGGGCCCAUCCUGCGCUCAGAGAUGGUGAAUGUCAUCAUCCGAGAGUACAAAGAUGAGUACUUAGAGAUCAUCAGCCGUGCAAACACAAAGCUAGAGUGUAAUUUUGGUUGUCAGUUGAAGGAAAUUGAUAGCAAUACUCACUCCUAUGUUAUUGUCAACAAGCUGGGGCACCCUCAGUGUGAUUUGUGGGCAUCUUUUAUAGACAAGCCCAAGUUUGGCCUCCUGAUGGUGGUUUUGAGUCUGAUCUUUAUGAAAGGCAAUUGUGUCAGGGAGAAUCUGAUCUUUAAUUUUCUGUUCAGAUUAGGGCUGGAUGUCCGGGAGACAAAUUCUCUCUUUGGAAACAUGAAGAAGCUCAUCACUGAAGUGUUUGUGAGGCACAGGUACCUAGAAUACAGGAGAAUUCCUUGCACUGAACCAGCAGAAUAUGAGUUGCUCUGGGGGCCCCGAGCAUUCCUGGAAACCAGCAAGAUGCUGGUCCUGAGAUUUUUGGCUAAGCUCCAUAACAGAGAUCCUCGGUGCUGGCCGUUUCAUUACCUUGAAGCACUUGCAGAGUUUGAGUCUGAAGUCUCAGAUGAGGAUGAGCCUGACACCAGCGGUGAUACCGGUGACCCCACCAGCAGACGCCCUCCCCGCUAAUGGUGUUAUAGAACUCUUGUUCCUUUAGUUCCCUGGCCAGAGGACACUGACAGGGUGUGGGGUUUAUUUUGUUUCUGGUGUUUUGUUCCAGUUCUGUAUGUGUGUAGAUUUGAAUUUUAAAUUUGAUUUUGUAUCUGCCAAAGCUUUGUAUAUUUUCAUGUGGUGUUGAUUUCAACUGGCUACUGUUCUCUUAGUAUUCUGGCACCUGUAUCCUUAAGUGAGAUCUGUGAUUCUCGGUUUUGUGUUCUGAUUGUUCUCUUCUGGUAUCAGAAUUGUGCUGGCUUUGUGAAUCAAUCUGACAAGCUAACUCUUUAUUCUGGUACAGUUUAUGUAAAAUCAUAAUAAGUUGUUCUUUGGUUGUUUAAAUGACUCAUAAGUAAAAAAUGUCUACAGGAGAGUAAAAAUCUAUAUCUAUAUAACUAUAUAUAAAUAUAUACUUUCAGCAUAAGAUGGAAA